ACAGUUAGACGUGAUAAUUGUCUACUUGUUCAAAAUGUAAUCGAAACGUGCUUGAGAAAAGUGUUAAUUGAUCGAGAUGUUUCUGGGGCCGUAACAUACGCCAAGAAAACCAUCUCAGAUUUGCUUCAAAACAAAAUCGAUAUGUCACAACUUGUAAUAACUAAAGCCUUAAGUAAAUCCGAUUAUUCUGCCAAACAACCGCAUGUGGAAUUAGCUGAACGUAUGCGCAAACGUGACCCAGGUGAUCGCGUGGCUUACGUUAUUAUAAAGGGCACUAAAGGUGCAGCCGCUUACGAAAAGUCGGAAGAUCCAAUAUACGUAUUAGAAAACAACAUACCAAUAGACACUAGUUAUUACUUGGAAAACCAGUUAUCUAAACCAUUAUUACGAAUUUUUGAACCUAUCUUAGGCGACAAAGCAGAAUCUCUAC